AUGUCGUCGUACCUCUCUUCGCAAACGUGGAUUCGCGACCUCAUCUCGCCCUUGACGGGCGGCAAGGAUCCGCUGGCCAACCUGUCGUGGAUCGGCGUUCUGGGCGCACUCACGCUCGCAGCGCUGCCGCACUGGUACACCAUCUACCUCGCCGAGAGCAACAAGGUGCAGGGCGGAUGGUCCAACGUCAACCCGCGCUUCUGGGUACAACAGCUCAUCGCCAAGUCCGCCACCUCAAAGCUGUCCGAGCUCGAGCUAUUCAUCCUCCGCGGCCAGAGUUGCCAGGCCAACGCAUUCGAAAACGCCCCCCUCUUUGCUGCCACCCUCAUCUGGGCCAACUACACCGCUCUGCCGCUCGCGACGAUCAACAACUUUGUCAUCGCUUACCUCGCUUCCCGUGCGCUGUACACCGUGCUCUACCUCAACACCACCUCCAAGGUCAACAGCUUCGCCAGGACCAUCGCGUUCAACUUUGGCAUCGUCCACAUGCUCUCCCUCUGGAUCCGUGGCGGCCUCAACAUCAGCCCCAGCCUCAAGUAA